AUGACUCUGGUCCAGAUGUUUAUGGUAUUCAUCAAGUUUGGAAAAUUAAACCAUCAGGCUAUCUCUCUUGUUGAAGCAGGUUUGAAUUGGCAUGCAGAAAAUGCUACAGUUCAGAACCAGUACCUUGAAAGAAUAUUAGCUCAGACUCAACAGACUCAUGCUUUUGCCCUUAUUGGUCAAAAAGAGCACCUCAGAUACCUUGAAGCACAACUUCACCAAAUGCAGCAACAACAACCUCGUGCUCCCUCUUUUGCCUCCUCUCAUCGGCAACAGCAACCACUUCCAGUUACAAUUCCAAGCUUCAUUCCACAAGAUCCUUUUGCUAUACAGCUGCAGAUUGUACCGCUUACUGAAAGCCAGUUUGUUACCACUCCCUAUCAAGAAUUUCUUGGUCCCAUUUCAAAUGAUCUCUUAAAGGCCCGUGAUGAAUUUCUCCAGAUGAAGUGUUGUUCUCUUCUUCGGCCAGAUCUUGACAAACAUUUCUCCAGAAUUACCGACCGAUUUCAUAAAAUUGGUGGUAUUGAUGAUGAGAAUUUAAAGCAAGUCUUUUUAAACUCUAUGCCAGAGCCCCUUGGCGCAGAUACACAACAGUUUCUGAAGAAUCAGAAUAUUCCGUUGGCCUUUUGUACUAUUGGUUCUCUAUACAGCUAUGCUCUCACCGCCCUUGAUAAGCUUUGCAACAUUAAAAAAGUCUGGAAAGAUUUGCAAGAUCGUUCUGAUAAAGCAAAGACCUUAUCAUCGGAUUUGAUAUUCUUCGACAUCUCCCUCUCCGAUGGACACCUCAAGAACCCUGACUUCUUCAUUACACUGCCUUUCAAGAAAAAUGAAGAUGUCAAUCCAACAAAAGCCAGCCAUCCAGGCCUCAAUCCGGAACAUCUUUCCUUGGCUAUCCAAGAGACUCAGCAACUUCAGUCCCAAGGUCUUUUGGAACCCACUUUCUCUCCAUGGGCGUGCCAGGCAUUUUAUGUUAACAAAAGAACAGAACAAAUUCGAGAAAAGCUGAGAAUGGUUAUUAAUUAUCGGCCUUUAAAUCACUUUUUAGCUGAUGAAAAGUUCCCUCUCCCAACUCGUCUGGCUUUACUUCUCCUGCUAGCCCAUGCUACUGUGUUCUCAAAGUUUAACCUCAAAGCAGGUUUUUGGCAACUUGGAAUUGUUCCUGAAGACAGACCAAAGACAACUUUUUGCAUUCCAGGCCACCACAUGCAAUGGACAGUCAUGCCUUUUGGUCUCAAAACAGCCCCCUUUAUCUUCCAGAGAGCCAUGAUAAAGAUCUUUGCCCCCAUCCAAGACCAUGCGCUUAUAUAUAUUGAUGAUAUUCUUCUCUUCUCCAACACAGAAGCAGCCCAUCUACAGCUUCUUCAGCAUUUUCAUCAGCUUGUUCAACAAUAUGGUCUUAUGCUCUCUCCAAAGAAGAUACAAAUUGGCGUCCCUUCUAUUGAUUUUCUUGGUGUCACUAUCUCCAAAGGACAAUAUCAUCUGCAACCACAUAUUGCAACCUCUUUGCAGCUAUUUCCAGAUGGUCCUCUCACCAAAAAACAAGUUCAACAAUUUCUUGGGAUCGUCAACUAUAUGACAGAGUUUCUUCCACAACAGAUCAUACAUACUUCUCUGCUACACCAGCUUUUGCGAAAGAAUGCUCCUCCAUGGUCUGCUGCUCACACAACAGCUAUACAGGCUUUAAAGAAACUCUCUGAGCACCUCCCCACACUUCAGAUUCCAUCUACUGGAAAACGAAUCUUACAAACCGAUGCCAGUGAUACUGGGGCACAGUUCUUCUUGAAGAACAACCUUCUACAACUACAAGAAUUGUCUACGGAUACAAAAGUGGAUCUUUCAAACCCUCUGAAACUCAUUAUCAUUCUACAUUUAAAGAGAUUCUAG